CCUCUCUAAGACGCUGUGGAGGUAUUCAAAGAGAAAAGUGAUUCGUUUCUAUUACGAGAAAUGAGCAUAUCAUUCCUUCCACUCGGAUCAACGACGCAUUUAUGGAAAUUGGGUCUCUCAGAUGGCAUGAAACUGCAAAGACGUGACUGAAGGACCUGAUGAGAUUCAACGCAACGCUUCAUCAUUUCAGUGAUCCAGCUGCGUGGGUUGAACACUGAUGCUCCGGAUCUCUGAUGCUGAUGCUGGUUCAUCGCCCUUGCGCUGUUGCUGCAUUCUAGGAUGUUGCGACAAGUGUUGCACGAAGGGCUCAGGACGUCAUUCCACAAACUGGGCCACUUUGUCGCCAAUCACCCGGUGUUUUUCGCCUCCGCGCCCGUGCUGAUCUCCAUCCUGCUGGGCGCGAGCUUCAGCAGAUACCGCAUAGAGGAAAACGUGGAGUACCUGUUAGCCCCCAAACACAGCCUGGCGAAGAUCGAGGGGAACUUGGUGGAUAGUUUGUUCCCCGUGAACCGAUCCAAACACACCCUCUACUCAGACUUGCAAACACCCGGGAGAUAUGGCCGGGUCAUCGUGACUUCGCGCAGGGGGAGCGUGUUGGACCCUCACCACGUCAACUCAGUCCUAAAGCUACACAACACAAUCACUCAGAUCCAAGUUCCUAUGCUGGGAUUCAACUACACCUUUGCCCACCUCUGCCUGUUGGAUGACAGCAAGAGCUGCAUCGUGGAUGACAUCCUGCGGGUUCUGGAGGAGAUGAGGUCAGCAUGGGCAUCCAACUGUUCAGUAUCCACUCUGCAUUAUCCCAUCACCAAACUCAAAGACGGGCGGGAGGCCUACAUUGGGCACCAGCUGGGUGGAGUCCUGGCAGGUGGAGGGAGAGACGGGGUGCGUACUGCUCGAGCCCUUCAACUCACGUACUACCUGCAAGCGGCCAGUCCACUGAACGAAGUGGUAGCGGCCAGCUGGGAGCUGAUGUUCUGCAAGGAGUUGGAGAACUUUGGAAAGGCUCAUCCAGAGCUUAGCCUAUACCCCUUCACUUCAUCUUCUCUUCAGAGGGACUUCCAAAGGACCAGUCGGGUAUCAGAACGGCCACUGCUCUUUAGCCUGGCUGUGUGUCUCUCGCUGGCCAUGCUGUGCUGCUCAAUGCGAGACUGUGUGCGUACAAAGCCAUGGCUGGGUCUUCUGGCUCUGGUGACCAUCAGCCUCGCUACACUCACCUCUGCAGGCAUUUUCAACCUCACAGGAGGGAAAUACAAUUCAACAUACCUGGGUAUCCCUUUUGUCAUGUUAGGUCAUGGCUUGUUUGGCACAUUUGAGAUGCUGUCGUCUUGGCGACGUACCCGCGAGGACCAGCAUGUGAAGGAGCGGGUUGCUGCUGUUUUCUCUGACUGUAUGCUGCCCUUCACAGCUAGCACGGCCUUGCAUGUGGUCACCUUCGGCAUCGGGGCCAGUCCAUUCACAAACAUUGAGGCCGUACGUCUCUUUUGUCGGAACGCCUGUAUCUCAGUCCUCUUCAACUACCUCUACAUCCUCACCUUCUACGGCUCCAACCUAGUGUUUGCCGGCUACCUGGAAAACAACUACCGUCACAGUCUAUUUUGCAGGCGUGUACCAAAGCCAGAGUUGCUGCAGCAGAAGCCGGCGUGGUAUCGCUUUCUCAUGUACACACAUUACAACGAGGAGGCCACAGAAGCAGGAACACUGCGUGCUUAUGAGAGUCACCUGCUGGUAGCCUUUAUGAAGCGGUACUACUGUGACUGGAUCACCAACACCUAUGUCAAACCAUUCGUGGUUCUGUUCUACUUAGUUUAUGUUUCCUUUGCCCUCAUGGGCUACCUUCAGGUCAGUGAAGGGUCAGAUCUUAGUAAUGUGGUUGCCACAGAAACAAGCACUAUAGCAUACACCCAUGCACAGCAGCGGUAUUUCAGCAGUUACAGCCCUGUGAUUGGCUUCUACAUCUACGAGUCCAUUGAGUACUGGAACACAAGCGUGCAAGAUGACUUACUGGAAUACACCAAAGGUUUUGAACGUAUCUCCUGGUUUGAGAGUUACCUCAACUACCUUCAUGGGCUGAACAUCACCACUAGCCUGUCACGCAGCAACUUCACAGAACACUUGCGGUCUGGCUUUUUGCGCCAACCCCGAUUUGUGCAUUUCUCGGACGAUAUCAUCUUUGCCAAACGUGCGGAUGGGGAAUUUGAUGUGGUAGCCUCACGUAUGUUUCUAGUGGCCAAGACAACAGAAAACAAACGAGAGGAGAUGUCUAUCCUGCUGGACACACUAAGGAAGUUGUCGCUGACCUCCAGGGUGAAAUUCAUAAUCUUUAAUCCAUCCUUUGUGUAUAUGGACCGUUUAGCUUCAUCUGUUGGAGCACCUCUGAAGAACUCUUGCAUUGCAGCUCUCUUUCUGCUCUUCUUUUCCACCUUCUUGGCAGCUGACCCACUGGUGACUGCCUGGUUGACUGUGACAGUAGCCUCUGUUGAGUUCGGGCUGGUGGGUUUCAUGACCCUGUGGCGUGUAGAGUUGGAUUGCGUCUCAGUGCUGUGUCUGAUCUACGGGGUGAACUAUGCUGUAGACUCCAGCACUCCGCUGGUGUCUGCAUUUGCUCUAGGCCGGGAAUUUACGCGUACGCGCUGGGUGAAACUAGCUCUGGAGCGACAUGGAGUUCCUGCCCUUCAGAGUUACUUGUGUUAUGGGGCUGCUCUGCUCCCUCUCGCGGCCGUGCCCUCGAACCUCACCCGCACACUCUUCAGGUGCCUCUUUCUCACCACCAUCAUCACUGCCUUCCACUGUUUGGCCAUUCUCCCCGUCCUGCUCACCUUCUUGCCUCCCUCCAAGAAAAAAUGUCGGGAGAGAAAGAAUGCUGCAGAAAAUCGGGAGGAAAUUGAGUGUGUGGAGAUGGUGGACAGCACACGUGUGGUUGAUCAGAUUACCACUGUCUGACCACAUGCCCGAAAGAGAGGUAGACUGGAGGAUGUACAAGAGAGAAAAAACAAAACACCCCCAGGGGGUGGCAGAAGGAGACCUGAGAUAUGAGAGUUAGCCUAUGUGCAGCUGGGCUUCCAGUUCCCAUACUUUAUCGGUGUUCUUUAGCAUGAGCCCACAUUUUAAACAAGGCUUCUGUUUGAUGGUAAAAGCAGAUGAGUUUGAGGUUGAGCCAUUAACAAUGGGUGUAUUGUUGUCAUGGUAAAAGUCCUAUGCAGGUUUUCCUGCUGCUCAAUGAGAGCAAGAAAGGCCAGAUGAACCACACUGCUGCACAGUUGCAGAUAAUCACAGAGGGGGGGCUCCUCUGGUCUGCAGUAUUACAGCAGCUGUAGAGCGGAAACAGUAACAAGCAAUUGCUUUGACAAGG